AUGGAUUUACUAGACUCUAUUCUAAAUUCUAUGCAAAAACCGCCUGCUGCCAGUGAAGCUCAAAAAAAUGCUCUCAAAAGACAAAAGGAAGCAAUGGAGCGUAAAAAAAAAGAAGAAAUCCAUAUGUUAAACAAGUUUAGGAAACGAGUUGAAGAGAAAAUAAGUAACUUCGUAAGAGAUGGUACAAAACCUUAUUUACAAUUUGAGCCUAUGGAACAUGCUUAUCGGUCGAUAAUUCGCGAUGUGGGUGAGGCAGCUGGCGUACAAAUAUACUCGUUUGGACAAGAAGGCAUAGACAGAUACUCAGUGGUUUACGCCAAAGAUAGGGGGCCAUCAGAGGAUGAGCUUACAGUUAGACGGGCUGGAGGAAUUUGGAACGAGGAUAAAGCAGCCGAGAUGGCUCUGAGGAAUAUAGAAAUGCAAAAGCAAGCCGCCUUGGAGAAUGAAGAAGAAAAGAAUAGAAAACGAAAGCAUGGCAAGGAAGAAUUGAGUGGGACAUUUUAUAAGCAAAAAUAUGCACACCUUAUUGGUGAAGAAGCAGCUUUAGGUGCAGCACAAAAAACAAAUGUUAAUAAAAGCUAUGGUGAAGUACCUAGUGAAAAUAAAAAAGACCAACGAUCUAUUGAACAAACAAUGGCAGAUAUCAGGGCAAAGAAAAUGAGGAAGGCUGAAGUAGAUAAAGAUAUAGAAAAUAAUUCCGAAACUUAA